CCCCCUCAAGGAGUGAAUCCACAACCCUGGGUUUAGCAGGCCAAUGCUCAAACCACUGAGCUUUCCCUCCCCCCCAGGGCCUGCCACACUCCCCCCUUUCCUGACACAUCCUCUUCCCACAGAUCGGUUCAGUCACUGGCAGGUCCAGCACGGCGGCAAUGGCUCGGUCGAGGGGGCCCCGGCCCAGACCUGCUUCGUCUCGUCCUUCCAGUGGUGCGAGAAAUCGCAGCUUGUAGAUCUUCUGAAGGAAGGAUUGUGGGCAGAACUGCUGGAUACCUACCAGCCAGAAAUCUACAUCUCUGAUUGGUGGGGCGCCCGGGAAGACUGUGGCUGUAAAUACUCCCUCUGCGUGAAGCUCCUGGCUGCCAACCAAAGAACUGUCAUUGCUGAGUUCCAGGCCAGCCCCGACCCCAUACCACAGUGGAAUGACCAGCAGUAUCAGCAGGUGUCCCACAGGUUCAGUCAGUAUGGCACUGGAGUCCGGUAUGUGCAUUUCUUCCACAGAGGGACAGACACUCAGUUCUGGGCAGGACACUAUGGUGCCCGGAUCACCAACUCCAUGGUCAUGGUGAAGCUCCGAUGAGAACCAGGAGUGCCGCUCCAUAAAUCUCUCUCU